AUGGGGGUACUCAGCCAGAUUGUUCGAUCAAAUUUUAAAUUCAAAAAGCAAUACUAUUGGAUUAAAAUUUACAAAGCAACAAACAAUUAUGCCUUGAAGAAAUCGUGUAAAAUCAGUGAAUUUAUCGUGAAGAAAAAAACACCGGUAGAGUCUUUAUCAGCAAGUACAGACGAGCUUAUUAAAGAUAUUUUAAAAGUAAUCGAAGAGAAAGUUAAUGUAAAGUUGGAGCAGAUAAUUGCCGUGAAGGAGCUUGAGCAAACAUUUAAAGCCAAUAAAUACAUAAACAAGGUUGACAAUGUAUUGCAAGAUCUUGAGUCAAAGGAAAGAACACUUGGCUUCUUUGAGAGUCUAGGUUAA